AUGAACAAUAUGGACAAGAUAAAAUUUCCACUUGGUCGGUUAGACUAUCAUAGGACUGCCCUGAGGACCAUAAGUGAUGGCAGUACCGACGGUAGCAAUAGUAUCGAAAGCGUCCGUCUCGGCGGCGGUGGCGGCGAAGAGCCCGCUGUUGCCGAAUUCUCUGUCUCCUCCCUAUCUCCGUCAACGCAGACCACUGCACUAGAGGACCCCGCCCUGCACGGAUUCAAACCUGCCUCGGCGGUAGCACCCAAGUCUGCGGACUUGGCGACAGAGUAUGCCGGCAUCAAUUCAAUCACCACCACCGUUGCUACUGCUGCAGGAAACUGGAGAGAUUACUUAUCAGCCCCGCAGAACCUCCCUACAAAAGAUGCGCCGUCGCAGAGUGCGGAACCUACAACAGUUCCUCUCGGUGAAUGGAAGGUC